GUACGACUGCGCAUUGGCGUGCGAAUAUGAAGGAAUUCCCCCUACCUUGAAGAGGAUCCGAAGCAUGUGCUACUUGUUGAAGAAGCUAAACGAGCUACCAGAUUGGAUCUUCAUGUCGGAGCAACCAAUCCGUAGCCAGGGAAAGGUCUCGAAGAACUUUCGGCUGUGCGAACAAGAUGAGCAAACAGACAUCCUCUUCGAUGUGAAGCCACCGUCGUAUCAUGUCGAGCCCCUGGACGAGUGUUCUCGGAGUGACCUUCUGGGCGCCUGUUUGAUGGCACUUCCUGUGAGAUGCCCCAAGCAAGGGGACCAGUGCUUGGGGUUAGCAGGCGCUCUACGCGAGGAGCUCGUCAAGAAGCCCCGCCUCUGUGAAAUCCAGGAUGUGAUAGACAUGCUGCUGAAGUCAAAACAGGCUUCCGUCCAUGGUUGCGGUCGCUGGCGAUGGGAGUUGGCGAAGUUGGAAGCAGCCUCAGAAGAGAAACUCGUCGCUCUUGGUAGUCGGGUUGAUGUAUCCGAUCGUCAAAGAAGCUUUCCUGCGGGGGCGCAACCAGCAACACAGAAGAAGCGGAAGAGAGGAGGCAAGGCCAAGAAUCCGAGGGCCAGAGCCAAACAGACUGUCCCACACCUCGGACUCCCAUACCAGUGA